AUGGACAACCGCCAAAUAAUGGAGAUGGACAACCGCCAAAUAAUGGAAAUGGUCAACCACCAAACAACGGUGAUGGACAACCGCCAAAUAAUGGGGAUGGAAAACCACCAAAUAAUGGAAAUGGACAACCGCCAAAUAACGGGGAUGGAAAACCACCAAAUAAUGGAAAUGGACAACCGCCAAACAAUGGUGAUGGGCAACCCGAUGAAAAUAAAAAGAAGAUUGAUACUAAAACAAUUGAACCAACUGCAACUUGUGGUUCUCCUGAUGAUCCUGGGUGCAAACCUCCACCAGGAGUUACUCCAAAAAUCGAAACAGCUGUACAAGAAGAAGUUGAAACUAUGACUCCAACUCCAGAACCAUAUGAUAAUAAUAAAGAUGAUAAAGGUCAUAAGGACGAUGAUCAUAAAGAUAAACAUAAAACAACUCGCUGGACAACGACCACAACAACAGUUACAUUAUAUUUUGCCGGUUAUACAACAACAAUCACAACAAAAAAUGAUAAAGGACAAAUCACAACUUACGCAACAUACAUCCCUCCAUCUACCGUAAUUGUGGUGAAAAAGGUCGCUGCCACUGCAGCUGCGGUUGAGGAUCCAAAUAGUAUCGUUUCGGAUUCAAACAUUAUACAAAAUUUUAAUAGCCAUGGUUUAUGGGGUGUUAUGAUAAGUUUAGCUGUUAUAGCCACAUCUUUAAUUUUUAUGAUCGUCGCGUAA